AUGUCUCAAUCACAAACGCAAAAUACGCUCACUAGGAUCGCCAUUGUGAACCAAGACAAAUGUAAGCCGAAAAAAUGUCGACAACAAUGCCAGAAAUCGUGUUCGGCCUGUAUUGAAGUUACCCCCUCCGACAAGAUCGCCUUCAUUUCUGUGGAAUUUUACAUUGGGUGUGGGAUUUGCCUCAGAAAAUGUCCCUUUCAAGCAAUCAAUAUCAUAAACCUUCCCGGCAAUUGGGAAACCCAAGUCACUCACCAUUGUGGUUCAAACUCUUUCAAACUUCACCGCCUGCCAAUUCCAAGGCCCGGUCAGGUUCUGGGUAUCGUUGGAACAAACGGCAUAGGAAAUGCUACCGCGUUAAAAGUCUUGGCGAGAUUUCAAAACUAUUUCACGGAAAUACUAGAAGACAACCUGAAGGCUUUUAUAAAGCCUCCGUACGUUGACCAAAUUCCCAAAGCCAUCUGGGGUGCUCGUAAGGAUGACCAUGGAAGGCGAGAAAACCUCAACUUUAAGACUCUAGUCAACCGUGAUGUCAUUGAACUUUCCAGAGGGGAACUGCAACGUUUUGCCGUUGCGAUGGUUUGCAUCCAGAAGGCCGACAUUUACAUGUUCGAAGAGCCUAGUUCUUAUCUGGACUUCAAAAAACGCUUAAAAAUGUAUGCAUUUGAAUAA